CGGGUGGCGCCCAUGGGGCUGCAGACUGGGGAGCUGCGGGACAGGUUUUGGCUGGUGGUCAAGGAAGAUGGGCACAUGGUUACAGCUCGCCAGGAGCCGCGGCUGGUCCUCGUUUCUGUCGACUCUGAAGAUGGGCACUUGGUCUUGGAAGCCCCGGAGAUGAAUAAGGUCUCCUUGCCUGUGAAGCUCCCCAGAAAAAAUCCUGUGAGGAACUGCAGGGUAUUUGGACUGGAUAUCCAAGGCAGGGAUUGUGGAGAUGAAGUGGCUCAGUGGAUCACUACUUUCCUGAAAUCAGAACCAUACCGACUGGUACACUUUGAGUCCUCCAUGGUGCCAAGAAAGUCAAAGGACAGCAUAAACCUUUUCCGAAGCACUGAUGAGGUCGCCUAUCCUGACUGUAGCCCAGCCUUGAUCAUCUCGGAAGCUUCACUGGAAGAUCUAAAUUCUAGGCUGGAGAAGAAAGUUAAGAUAGAGAACUUCAGACCAAACAUUCUUGUGACAGAUUGCAGUCCUUUUGAGGAGGACACCUGGGAGGACAUUCUAAUUGGCGAUGUGGAGAUGAAAGGGACAGUGUGCUGUGCCAGGUGUAUUUUAACAACUGUUAACCCAGACACUGGGGUCCUGGACAGGAAGGAGCCUCUGGAAACAUUGAAAAGCUACCGCAUGUGUGACCCGUCGGAGCGGCACAUAUACAAAUCCAGCCCUCUCUUCGGAAGAUACUUUGCUAUUGACAAAACUGGAACGAUUCGAGUCGGAGACCCUGUGUACAAGAUGGUCCAAGAAUGA